AUGGGAGAGACUGGAGCGCUUGGGUCAGUAGGAAGUUCAGAUCUUGCGUUGGCAAUUGCUGGGUUUUGUGGAGCAUGUCUGGCUGUAGAAGUGUUUGUAGACAUACUUGGGGAGAUUGGGGUAGAGAACUUACCUGUUGAAGUAUUGUAUUCUUUUACCUGGGUCGGCACUGGUUGGGAGUCACUUCUUCUUGUUGUAUUCUUACUUGAUGAUUUUCAUUUUGGGAACGUGACUGUCGUCCUGCUGUUGUUCGGUGGAUUCGCCGUUGUAGUUGAUUGUGAGGUGUUUGUAGAUGGAGCAAGGAGAUGGGUGCAAGCUCCAAGUCAUGGCUCUUACAGGCAGGAUUCCCGUGAAUUCAGAAACCUCACUUUUCUUGUUUCUCUUGACUUGGGAAGCAACAAUUUCAAUGGAAAUUUGCCUCAGGAAAUGACACUCUUGCGUCAGCUUAAAUUUCUUGAUUUAAGUUUCAACAGCUUCAGCGGAAAGGUUCCCUCUUGGUUUGGGUUUUUACACCAACUUCAAGUUCUAAAUCUUGGAAAUAAUAGUUUCACUGGUUCCAUUCCUUCUUCAUUUUCUAAUAUUUCCACAUUUGAGACUUUGAAUCUGAAUUUCAAUUCCAUAGAGGGCCAAAUACCAAAAGUAAUUGGAAACAUUAGAGUAUUAAAGUUGAGGGGUAACAAUCUCAUAGAGUCUAUUCCUCUGUCACUCUCGAAUGCCUCAAGGAUCGAAUUCAUUGCAUUUACUGGAAAUAGCUUAUCAGGAAGUCUUCCCAAUGGUUUAUGCAAUGGUCUCCCAAUACUCAAAGGGCUUUAUCUGUCUGAUAACAAGUUUCACGGUCGUAUGCCUGCAAGCUUGUCAAAUUGUUCACAACUUCAACUAUUGUCUUUAUCAGUUAAUGAGUUUGAUGGACCAAUACAUAGUGAAAUUGGAAGAUUGAGUAACUUGCAGAAAUUGGCUGUCGGAACUUACCAUUUCACUGGGAUAAUUCCACAAGAAAUUGGAAAUCUUGCUAAUUUGACGGAGUUAUGGAUGGAGGGAAACCAGAUAACCGGCUCUGUCCCAAUCUCCAUAUUCAAUAUCUCAUCGCUGCAACUUUUGUCACUGUGGAAGAACAAUCUUAGUGGAUUCUUACCUCGGGAGAUUGGCAACUUAACCAAGAUGCAACAUGUUGAGAUUAGUGGAAAUAAGCUUAUAGGUGAAAUACCCAAAGAGAUAAGCAAUCUCAUUGAGUUGGAGGUACUUAAUCUUGGGUUUAAUAGUUUUAGUGGUUCGCUUGAUACGGAGAUCUUCAACAUAUCACGGCUGAGAAUAAUUGAGUUUUCACUCAACAAUCUAUCAGGAAGCCUCCCACCAAAUAUGUGUUCUAUCUUACCCAACAUUGAACAACUUUUUCUGGGCAACUUAACCAAUCUUGUUGGAACUAUUCCUCAUUCCAUCUCCAAUUGUUCAAAACUUAUUAAACUUGAGCUUUCAGGCAACAAACUCACUGGCUUGAUUCCCAACUCACUUGGAUAUUUGACUCAUCUACAAUUCCUAAACUUGGGGGAAAACAAUUUCACCAGCGAUUCAUCAUUAAGCUUCCUGACUUCCUUAACCAAUUGUAGAAAUUUAACAGAUCUUUAUCUUCCUUUCAACCCUCUAAAUGGCAUGCUUCCAGAUUCCACGGGGAACCUUUCCAUCUCUCUUAGAAAUUUUUACGCCGGCAAUUGCAAAAUCAAAGGGCGAAUUCCAAAUGAAGUUGGGAACUUAAGCAGCUUAUUAGACCUUGAUCUUCCUGGAAAUUACUUGGUCGGAUCGAUUCCAACAUCAAUUGGCAACUUGAGAAGCCUCCAGCAGUUCAACUUGAAUAACAACAAACUUACAGGAUUUAUUGGUGAUCAUAUAUGUAAAUUGCAGCAUCUGGGUGAUAUUUACUUGGAUCAAAAUCAACUUUCAGGAUAUCUUCCUAAUUGUUUAGGGAAUAUUACAUCCCUUAGUGAGAUACAUCUCGAUUAA